CUGCACCAUGUGCUGCUGUCACUGUUAGCGAUGGACAUGUUAUAUGUGUUUGUAACAGCACAUACUGUGAUACUGUGCCAUCUGCAGACAGACUUCCUAAAGGGCAGUUUGUUGUAAUUACAUCCACUAAGGAUGGCCAGCGGUUUAAUACAAAAGUGUCCCAGGCCAGCAGUAACACAACAACUGAUGCUAUAUAUUAUGUGAACCGGACUGUGGAACGGCAGACCAUCAUUGGCUUUGGUGGUGCAUUUACAGAUGCAGCAGGCAUCAACAUUGCUCAGUUACCAGUAGAUGUGCAAGAUCGCCUCAUUAAUUCUUACUACUCUAAAGAUGGAAUUGAGUACACAGUCGGAAGGGUACCAAUGGCCAGCUGUGAUUUCUCCACUCGAGAGUACUCCUAUGAUGAUGCGCCUGGAGAUUUCAACUUAACAAAGUUUUCAUUAGCCGCAGAGGAUAAUCAGUUUAAGAUUCCGUUCAUUGAGAAAGCUCUGAAAGUGAGCCCAAAUCCAAUCAAGUUAUUUGCCAGUCCAUGGAGUGCUCCUGCCUGGAUGAAAGACUCCGGUAAAAUGACAGGUGGCUCACUGCUGGGUCAACCAGGGGGCCAGUACUACAAAACCUGGGCCAAUUAUUUUGUCAGAUUUCUAAAAGAAUACGCUAAGAGGAAUAUUACUUUUUGGGGACUAACUGCUCAGAAUGAACCUCUGGAUGGUCUACAAACAAAUUUCUCUUUCCAAGCAAUGGGUUUCACCCCGUCACAGCAGCGGGACUUUAUCAAGAUGGAUCUUGGACCCGCCUUGAAUGAAUCUGGGUUUGGUAACAUCAAGCUCAUGAUUCUUGAUGAUCAGAGGCUGAUUGUAACCUUGUGGGCCAAAUCUGUCCUGUCUGACCCAGAGGCUAGCAAGUAUGUGUCAGGAAUAGCCAUCCACUGGUACAUUGACAGUUUCAUUCCUGCAAGUCUUCUCGAGGAGGCUCACAAUUCUUUUCCUGACAAGUUCUUGUUUGGCACUGAAGCAUGUGAGGGGUCGAUGCCUUGGGAGCAGAAAGUUGAUUUAGGAGCCUGGGAAAGGGCUGCAUCCUAUGCACAUGACAUCAUUGUGGAUUUGAAUAGCUGGGUGACCGGCUGGACUGACUGGAACCUAGCCCUGGACUUGCAAGGGGGCCCCAACUGGGUAUCCAACUUUGUUGACAGCCCAAUCAUUGUGAAUGCUUCAAAUAAAGAGUUUUACAAGCAGCCAAUGUAUUAUGCCCUAGGACAUUUCAGCAAAUAUUUGGUACCAGGCUCAAUUUGGAUUGGAACUCAGGCACAGAAAGACAAUUCCCUUAUUGAACUCACAGCAUUUCUCAGACCAGAUAAAUCAAUUGCUGUUGUUAUUCACAAUUUGGGCUUUGAUGCUGUUGAUCUGGCUUUAGACGAUGGCCUCACUGGAUACAAACAAGUAACAAGCCCAGGGAACUCCAUCCAGACUGUCAUAUGGUGGCUUACGUGA